AUGAGUUCUAAUAUGCAACGUCAAGCAGUUCCUAUUUCUCAGUCCGAAAAGUGCAUUGUUGGAACUGGGUUGGAAUGUCAAGUAGCUCUAGAUUUCGGGGUUCUCGCUGUAGCCGAACAUGAGGGAAAGAUCAUUUAUAUUGAUACUGACAAGAUCUUUUUAUUAGGCAAUGGGGAUACUCUAAGCAUUCCAUUAGUGAUAUAUCAACGUUCGAAUAAAAUACUUGUAUGCAUAAAAAAACUCAAGUUGCGUGAGAGGAAGGGCCAAGCAGGGGGGCAGUGGGUAGGAGAAAUUGAAGUUUGGGCUUUAGAGGGAUUUGGUGUUGCUUAUAUUUUACAAAAGAUGCUUACGUAUAAAUCUGAUCAUAUUAGUGCUCGCCAAGAAGUACCUGGUACUACAAUCAUUGGAAGGACAAUACCUAAACCGGAGGAUGCUCCAGAAUCUUUCCAGUUUCUUGUUCGAGAAUUACGAUCUUUGGCUCUGAAAUUGAAGCAUUUCCUUGUAUCUGAGAAAAACCUCCAAAUUAAUAGGAAGGAUGCUUAA